CAAAGUCAUCCUGACAACCAUCUUCAAAGUAUGUUUCCAUAGCAAGAUGGCAUUCUUUUCUUUCUUGUCUUGGUUUAGGCCAUGGUGGAAAACGACAGAAACGGAUUAUGAAACAGUCUUGGCACGAUUGACAAAGGAUAUUCAAAAUGUUCAAACAAGAUUGAUUCGCGUUAAUCAAAGGGAACGAAGGUCAAGUAUCACAUUGACACUCUAUGCAAUCUUACUUUGGCUUGCUUAUACGCUUUUUGUAUACUUUACAACAACGGAAAAACGACCUCUAAUGACAAAAUCAGAACGAUUUCAUGUUUGGCUACCGAGCGUGAUUGGGCUAAUCAUCAUCAUUUCCGUUCGAUCAAUCGUUCGUUGGUGGUUCAGGAGGGUAUGUACAGGAGAAGAAAAACAUUUACGUUCACUUCAACGUGCAAGACGGAAAAAGAUUGAUGAAAUCAAACAAGCAACAAAGUUUGAUCAUUUACGUAGCCUUUUGGAACGUUAUGAUGACACCGCUCCAAAUCGACCUGGAAUGAAAAGAGGCGGUUCAAGUAUGGAUGGAAAGCAAAUCAAGCAGGCACAACAAUCUAACACUCAGGCAACACGCCAAUUUCAAGGUAUGAAAGAUGGCAAACCUGUCAAUGGAGGUACACAAACAGGUGCAAUACCUGCAGAUGCACAAGCGUUCAGCACGCCAGUAAAGAAUGUUCAGAAAACAGCACAAGGACAGCCUGUACCGACAAUCGUAACGACCGGAACAGGAGCUGCUUUGCCUUUUGAUACACCACAGCAACAUCUCCGAUUCCAAAAGACUUGGCUUGAUCGAGUAGCCGAUAAGAUACUAGGCGUGGAAACGAGCGAACAAGAUGUAGGAGCAGAACAAAGGUAUGCGUUGAUCUGUCAUGUUUGCCUAACGCAUAAUGGUCUAUGUCCAAAAGAGGAUUGGGAAGAAGUACAAUAUAUUUGCCCUAGGUGUGGUACAUUCAAUUCUAGGAGACCUUCAAGUGUUCCUGUUACUUCUCCUUGGUCUUCAUCAAAUACCCCUACUAAUCGAAGAUCAAGUCUUGGGGCACCUUCGCCUGCAAGAUCUUUGAGAGAUUUACCAGGUUCUCCAAGUACAAAGAGUAUCCUUUUGGAAUCGGCCAGUGCACCUUCCGGACUUGGCAAUACGUCAGGAUUGGAGGAAGAGGAUGAAGAAGCAGAUACACAAGAAGAAGAGGAAAGUCACGAAAAUAACGGUUUGAAUGGAGACAAAUCCGAAACAGAGCCUGAAGAAGCAACACGAAGAGGCGGAAAAACAACUGCAAGACAGGAAAAAGAUGAUAGUUCGAUGUUGCGAAAAAGACAAGGUGUAUCGACUUUAGGAGAUGAGAGUACGGAGCCUAUGCAAAUUGAUUGAUUGAGGUCAAGAAUCAUAUGCUACGUACUGCUUUGCAGCCUUUUCAAUCCAUCUCGUCACCAUUUUGUAGAAUAUUUGCACGCCUAUUUAUAUAAGCACAUGACAUAUUAGGCCAAAAAAUGAAAAAAGACUGUACA